AUGCAUCUAUCUAUCUAUCUAUCUAUCUAUCUAUCUAUCUAUCUAUCUAUCUAUAUAUAUCAUUUUUCAUAUCUGUCUAUCUACCUAUCUAUCUAUCUAUUAGUGGUACGCACUCCUCCUCCCCUUUAUUUUUCUUUUCGCCCGGUAUCCACUCUCUCCUUCUUGUUUUCACCAGUACAGCCAUUCUUCUCUUCAUUUUCGUCCUGUAUCCAAUUUCUUCUUCCUUUUAUUCAUCCUCCUCCUCCUCCUCCUCCUCCUCCUCCUCCUCUUCCUCAUUCUUCAUCUUCUUUUUUCGACUGGUACCCCCUUUCUUCCCCACCUUCUUCAUGCUUUAGCCUGAUCCGCCUUUCGUUUUUUUCUUCUUCUUUACAGUAUGGCUCAAAUGAAUUAGUCCAAUUAGUUUAUCAUCCUCUCUUUGUCUUCCUUUAUAAUCUAUCUAUCUAUCUAUCUAUCUAUCUAUCUAUCUAUCUAUCUAUCUAUCUAUAUGAAGCUUAUCUUAAAUCGACAACUGGCCUAUAUACGUCCGAUAAGACGAUUGUAUUGUACCGGCUGUAA